AACAGCGAGAAAAUAGGACAGAUCAUUGCUUUGAGUCUGAUCCUUGCUGGUUCGCUGACGGCAAAUUCUUUCAUUGUAUUGAUCGUUUAUAAGACGCCAACAUUAAGAAAACCGAUAAAUUAUUUCGUCGCAAACAUGGCUAUGUCCGAUCUGCUGUAUUCAAUAUUAUGGCUACCUUGGCGCCUAUCAUUGAUGUACACAAAGUCGUGGCUUAUCGGUGGUCAGUUUGGCCAGACCUUGUGUAAGCUUGUUCCUUUCUUUGGUGACGUUCCCAUGAUAGUUUCGGUUCAGAAUCUGGUUCUGAUAGCGGUGGAUCGUUUUGGAGCAGUCGUAUUUCCACUCCGUUCCCCAUUCAUCAGAUCCAAGCUGUGUCCGUUCUUCAUUUCCGCCACGUGGAUAGUCGCAGCGGCUUUCAUUUCGCCACAUUUGUUCACCUACCAACUCGUUGAAUACUCAGGGGAAAUGUUGUGCGAGAUGAGAUGGACGAAAGCAUUCGGAGAGUCCUCGUCCCCCUCCGAUCACAUAUUAGCAGCGUCCAUUCUGUUUACAUACACCCCUGUGAUGGUGUUGGUCCUUCUUUACUUCAUCAUCCUCAUCAAGCUCAAGACACAGGCACAUCCAGGUGAACAGUCCGCGAACAUACAGCAACAGAGGAACAAGCGAAACAGAAACGUCCUUCACAUGUUUAUCGCCAUCGUAUUAGUGUUUGUGUUUUGCUGGUUACCUUAUUCUACUAACAUUUUAAUCAUAGGGUAUCCAACGCUGGCCUGGCCGAGGUCCAUGCAGUUAUCUUGUGGCUUUGGGCUGUAUUAUGAUGUCAUGGACUAUAUGGCUGUCGGGUACUGUGCUAUCAAUCCGAUUAUCUGCUUCGUUUUUAGUAGCAAUUACCGACAAGGUCUUAAAAGACUCAUGAACUCAGUUCGACCGUCGUACAGGCGCAAGGUGCAAAAAUCUGCUGGUAACUGA